AUGACCACCACUCCCAGCUCGAUUAAGCCUUCCAAACGGAAGCGCGACUUGGAUUCAGCACGGACCCAAACCCCAACUCCAACCAAAAAGCACAAGAAGCGUGACAGUCCUUCCGCUCCAGACGAUGGCAACAGCAACAAGAAACGCAAGCGAGUCAAAGAUGCGCUUCAAAGCGAAGAUACUGCGAAAUCGACCCCGAAAGAAAGUGUUGUCUCGCCAGACAGCAGCGAAAAGAUUAUUACAGACCCGAACCACCUCAGCACUAAAGAAGGAAAGAAGUCAAAGGAUGGCAAGCGAAAGAACCUUAAGAAGCGCGACACAACACCUGAUGAGACUACGGUUGUGAAAGAAAAGUUUUCAGGUUCCUCCUCCGAUGAGGACGAGGCAAAAGCUUCGAAAGCCAAGCACGCAGGAAUUUAUUCAAAGUUUGAACGGACAAAAGCAGUCUCCAGCAAAUUGACGAAGAAACCAAAAGUCGAUGAGGUUGAAGUGACUGAGGAAACCAUCGAGCCAGUCAUUGCACAAGGUCUGGAACCAUUGCCACAGCCCGAAAAUCCGCCCGAGCUGGAAAUAACCCCGACCUACUCUUCUCUGCCCGCUUGGCUAGCGGAACCCGUACGAACAUCUGCAAAAGAGCGAUCCAAAUUUGCUGAACUUGGUAUCAAGCCUGAUUUGUUACGCAUUCUUGACCAGCACGGUUACGAGGAGGCAUUCGCUGUUCAGUCUACAGUGAUUCCUCUUCUCCUCGAUGGAAGCAAAAACCAUCCCGGUGACCUGUGCAUUUCGGCGGCCACUGGAUCUGGAAAAACACUGUCUUACGUACUUCCCCUUGUCACCUCUUUGACACCUAGGUCCGCAUCAAGACUCAGAGGACUCAUUGUGGUUCCUACCAGAGAACUAGUGAAACAAGCUCGCGAGGCCUGCGAGCUUUGCGCCUCAGGAUCGCGCCUUCACAUUGGGAGCGCAGUUGGAAACGUGGCCAUCAAAGAGGAACAAAAACUUCUCAUGAGAGUAGAUCAGGUGCACAAUCCCGCAACUGUUGCGCAGCGUCAAAAAAUCGGCCUGCAAGGAAAUGACUGGAUGGACUUCAACCUCGAGGACUGUGUGACCGAGGCAGUUGAUACCACCGGAUUUCUUCCAGGCUAUAUCCAGCGGCCAGAGGCCAACGUCGAUAUCCUUAUCUGUACUCCUGGUCGCUUGGUGGAUCAUAUUCGCUACACGAAAGGCUUUACCCUCAAGCAUCUAGAGUGGUUGGUGAUUGACGAGGCUGAUCGAUUGCUGAACGAGAGCUUCCAGGAAUGGGUGGAUGUGGUUAUGGGGUCGCUGGAUGCACGCCAGGUUCCCGAAACUUUUGGGCCUGGUGGUAAGCUUUUGUCUGAUCUUGGCCUCCCAAUUGAAACCAAGCCCCCUAGAAAGGUUGUGUUGAGUGCUACCAUGACCCGCGAUAUCUCGAAGCUCAACUCUUUGCGUUUGGCUAACCCGAAAAUGGUGAUCAUUGGCGCUGAGAAAGCCUUUGACCUCGAUGAUUCAUCUGCCGCGAUUGCCGAUGCUCAUUUCACUUUGCCCCCGACACUGCACGAGCGCAUGGUUGCUGUUGGCGACGAAUCCCAGAAGCCGUUAUAUCUUCUACGACUGCUCCUUUCGCAUAUCAAAAUUGGUGUAGAGGAGUCUGUAUUCCAUAUCGCCGAGGACAGCUCUAGCUCAGAUGAUACAAGCUCCGAUGAAACGAGCUCCGAUGAGUCUUCCGAUGACGAUACCUCAUCUUCUAGUUCGGACUCGGACUCAGACUCGGAUUCCGAUUCCGAUACUGAUUCCGAUUCAAGCUCUGAUUCAUCAAGCGACUCCGGUGAUUCGGUUUCUAAUUCCGUCGAUCUCGUGCCCGAAGGUAAAUCUUCGCCCACUACUGUUUUAAUCUUCACCAAGUCUUCCGAGUCUGCAUCGCGACUUUCUCGACUCAUCUCCCUCUUCCACCCCUCGCUCGCCAGCCGCAUGGGAACAAUCAUCAAGUCGAGCAACUCUGCGGCGUCCCGCAAGACCUUGACGGCUUUCCGACAAGGUCGUAUUUCCAUCAUUGUGGCCACAGAUCGAGCCUCACGUGGACUGGACCUGCCCUCCUUGACACAUGUUGUGAAUUACGAUAUUCCUAGUAGUGUUACCACCUAUGUGCAUCGUGUGGGACGAACUGCUCGCGCUGGCCGAGAUGGUUCUGCGUGGACCCUGGUCGCUCACCGCGAGGGACGAUGGUUUGCCAACGAAAUCUCUAACAGCAUUGACGGCCGCAUCACGCGUAAGGCUGCAAUUGACCGGGUUCAGGUCAAACUGGAUACGCUGAAGUCACUCCAGUCCAAAUAUGCAGCAGCAUUGGAUGCACUGGAGAAGGAGGUCAAGGUGAGCAAGGCGCCCAAGUUGCGACCAGCAACCAAGGCUUAG